ACUUUUUCCUAUGACCAAGUUUAGCAUAUCCUUUACCUCCUUAACGACCAAGGAAUUAUCAUGAACUUAUUAUAUUAAAAUUAAACCUCUACAUAUAUGGUCCAUACCUAUUAUUAGUAGUGUUAUUUUCAAACACAAAUAAGAACAAAAACAAAGAAGUGAAGUUAGAAACUAAAAUCAUAGAGAUAUGGGAGCUGAUUGGGGACCAGUAAUUGUUGCUGUUGCUUUGUUCAUUCUCUUAUCACCAGGAUUGCUAUUUCAAUUUCCAUCAAGGUUUAGGUGUGUGGAAUUUGGUAACAUGAGCACUAGUGGAAUUUCUAUUUUGGUUCAUGCUGUCAUAUAUUUUUGUAUACUUACUAUCUUAAUUGUUGCUGUUGGUAUUCAUAUACACUUUAAUUGAAUCCAAAUUUACUUUGUUUUUCUUAGACA